AAAAUUGUUUGAUAAAAGUCAAGAUUCAAGAAGCUUAAACAAAUAUUAAAGUUAAUAAUUUUUUUUGUAGAUCAUCCGACUACUUGACAAUUUAUUUUCUACGCAACUAAAAUUAUCUCCAUUCCAAUAUUAAACAAACAAACGCUUUAGUGCCGAAUCUUCAAUUUAUCAUAAGAAAAACUAACGUGUCACAAAAAAUUAUAGUUAGACAAACUACUAUUGUCACUUACUAACAUGUCGUCAAUUGAUUUUGAUCCAUCUAUUAAGUUAUGCUUAAAGUAUUUACAUUCUAGUGCGCCUGACUCAACAGAGCAGUUACGUUUAACUCUUGAUGAUAUGAUUCGUCAAACCUAUGGCAAUUCAAAAACUCUUGGAAAUGUUUUACCAAAGAAAUAUCUUAUUGAAGAAAAGCUAGAAUCACCAUCGCGAUCUAAGCAUAAGAGUGACAAAAAUUCAAAUAUUACAAAAACGGUUACAAUACCUCAACAGAGUCCUCAACAAAUUCAGAUUCCAGAGAGAGAAAACGAUGAUGGUUCAGUUAUGGAUGGUGAACUUGCUUUUGAUCUCUUACAAGAAGAUUUGACUUGUGUGGUUUGUCGACAAAUUGCAGUGCAAGCAGGAAAUCGCUUGGUGGAGUGUGAUGCUUGCCAUGCAUUGUACCAUCAGGAUUGCCAUAAACCUGUAAUAAGUGACAACGAUAUGGCAUCUGGCUGGCAAUGCGCUUCUUGUCUAACUUCUCAAGGAUUUACUACGGGAUUUACUACCACAUCAUCUUCAUCUAAGUCGCCUACUCAUAUCUCUGGAUCAACAACACCAGUCAAGAUAUCUUCUAGCAGCUCAUCAUCAUCUCCACCUCAUAAAGUUGUUACACCAAAUAUAAAUAUAAUAUCAGCCGAUAAAAGAAUACAGAUUAUGAAAAAAAAGGCAGCAAAACAACAUGAGAAAAAGAAGAGCAAAUAAGUAAUAUUGACCAUCUGGACCCUUAGAGUAUAAUAUGUAGCUUGUUUAUAUGUGUAAUUAAACUAGCGUUCUUACGUUUAGGGCCAUAUAGAGGCGAACGCCCAGGACGCUGGAUAUAAGGGGGCGCCACAGGCUCUGACUGAUAGGUAGGUAGAUCAGAUAACUGUUGAAUGAAUACUGGAUAAUGUCAAACAAAAAUGAAAUUUCUGAAAACGACGACGAGAAAUUUAUAACUUUUACUGAACUGUGAUGUAAUUAUAUCCAUUGCUUUUUUAAAUAUAUGAUUGAAUUGCAAUCAGAGGUCGCCCUUGAAAUCUUGCCCAGGGCGCUGAUAGUACUAAAACCGGCACUGCAUGGCACCAUAACUCAGUUGUUGUUGCUGUCCUAUGGUACCCCAGUGGUACAAAGGGCCCUCGUGAGACGUCUCCAUCCGCUCCUGUCCUGUGCCUCUCGCUCCAUGUCCCUCCAACUAAGAAGAACCAUAACUCAGUAGAAAUUAUUAAUGAAAAAAAUUAAGCAGAAGCAAGUCAAAAUCG